CAGUUGAAGGAGAAGAAGGAAAGAAAAGCCUACGCUGCUCAGACAUCUUUUUACUACACAAAUAGAGUACUUAGCCUAUAUUCGCAGCUUUAAUUACUUUCGAGUAUGAAUUAUUAAUUGUGUCAAUAUCGGACAAAAGCCAUUGAGGGAACUGGCAAUAAUGUGACGUCAUACAUUCCGAGUCUCUACUGCAUUACACGGUAGGUUAUCGGGCUGUUAAAGAUAAUUUACCCGGUUCAAAGUUCUUUAUCGUCUUGUAAACGAUUCGGGAGAUAUUGUAAAGAAUCUCAGUCACUCGAGGAACUUGUGAGGUAUUGUUAAGUGCCAUUUUGUGGUGAAACAUUUUUAUAUUUUCAACGAAAAUAUGUACAAGAACUACGGACACUACGUGUUGGCCAUUUCAGCGGCAAUUACAGUUCUGAUUUCUCUGUGGACUUCGCACACGAACGCUGUUCCUUUGAAUGGAACCAAUAUUACAGGGAAUUUUUCAUCUGUGAACACGACAUCUAGAAAUAAUAAUUCUUCGCUGCAGAAUUCAACAGCUGCUAACUCGAUGACUACGUGUAAUGCCACAAUUUCCAACUGCACGACGCAGAAUUCUACUUUGCAGGGCAACGGAACUGUGGUCUAUGUCCAAGUUAAUUUGACAAAUGUAUGCGAGUCAAAUAGAACUCAGCGUCUCUUACCAUGCAACGGGACAGCGUUAAAUCUCACAAAACACUGUGAGAUUGCUAAAGCUGGUAAUUUAUCGCUUGUUUGCAGAAAUGGAAGUGUCAUAAAUAGUUCCUUUAUCGCUGAUCUGGUUUCUAAUGCAACAAAAUCUUCCAUCACAUCAAACAACACAAUUAAUUCUGGAAAUCGCACUAUCGAAAAUAUAACAUCCUCGAUUAACGCCACUACAGCGACGCCAUCGAUUCAAACUCCAAAUGGGACUUUAACAAAUGGAUCGCUAGUUAAUGGCACCUCUUCGCAAAACGCCACAGAAGGGAAUGUCACCACAACUUCAAGCUCGAUCUCCGUUAACGCUUCCGCUAAUGCUACCGUUGCUGCACCAACUACAACAAAUUUGGAGGGUGCAAUCUCAAACGCAACGGAAUCUCCGACAACUAAGGCACAAGAAGGCAACGAAAUAUCGAGUACAGCAACUCAGCAAUCGACAACUACGGUAACUAAAGCGGAAGAGACAACUACCGAAAAAUCAACUACUCCAAGUACCACAGCGAAGGAGACAACUACCGAAAAAUCAACUACUCCAAGCACUACAGCGAAAGAGACAACUACCGAAAAAUCGACUACUCCAAGUACUACAGCCGAGGAGACAACGACCGAGAGAUCGACAGCAUCUAUCACCACUCAGGAAGCCUCGUCUCCUCCAAGCGCUAAGGAAACUACCACAAAAGAAAGCACAACUCAGACCACCACAACCAAGGAAACAGUGAAAACAGUCCAGACUACUACGACAACACAAGAAUCCUUGCAAAGAACAACUUCUUCGAAAGAUGAUCAACAGCAUUCGUUGCCAUCUCCUUUGGAUGAUGAAAAGAGUGUGCAAUUUUUCUAUGUUAAUGUGCUCACCCCAAUUGGUGCAGGAGCCUGUGCAGCACUGCUCAUUGCAUUCCUGGUUGUGCUGUGCAGAUGUUGCCGUCGACGAAAGCUAAAGAAAGUGCGCUACUUUGGAAAGGCUCCAGGACAUGUUAACAUGGAUGAGUUGAAUUUGCUUUCACAUUCCAGUGAUGAAGAGUGAUUAAGUUCCUCUUGGGUCCUUCUCCAUAAUUUACCUAUUUUCAGAAAAUCCACCUUCACUAAAAUCUAGAGCAG